AUGUUUAUUAUCCGGGAUACGAUGGCAACGAAAAAGCGGCGCGUUGUCUUGAGUGAAGAUGCGAAGCGCUCCAAGAAGGCCAGAUUGCUUCGUAAGUUGCGCGAUGGCGUAGGGCAGUAUUUGGAACCUCAAGAUGAAGGAUAUCGAGAAUUGGUAUCGUCUGCUUACAAUAAAUUCCGACUCAUUCCUUCCCAUCAAACUCCUUUGUCUCUUCACUCUAGAGUCCAACUCUCAUUGUCUUGUCUGUUAUCAUCCGGGUAUUUUAUGCACAAUCUUGUCACCAAGGAAACCAAGAUCCUCCUUACUCCCGUCACUCGUUUUAUCACAGGAAUACGAGGACUAACAUAUCCGUACCUCGGGCUUCGUUUGUUUGCGUUUCCUUGGGAAUUUGAAGGUGACCCAAAAAGUGACGUGGAAAAAUCGCUGUGUGUGUUACGGGUACUAAACGACUACAUGGAAUUAAAAGGCAAUGAAUUGUGUGGCGAACGAGGAGCGAACGAAUUCAAUAUGACGUUGGUUAAUUAUAUGGAUCCUGAUCACGUGACCAUUCCGCUAGUUACUGAACCGUAUUAUGCGAUGGGUACGAGUGCCGUACAUUGGCAUUCCGACCAAAGUGUCAGAGACGACUGUAGUAUCGGAGUGUAUAGCAGCACAGUUGGAGAAAGCAACGAAUCGGAGCCAUGGAGUAUUGGUCUAAAAAUAGCAUGGGACGUGACGACGUCGGCAGUAAAGGUCCCUCUACUGAAUGGAAGUUGUUAUUUCUUAUUGAACGACAUGAAUACGACGCAUCAACACACAGUAAUAGUCGGAGACAACGCGAGGUUUAGUUCGACUCAUCGAGUGGUCGUGUUGGAUGGUAACACAUUGGAGUAUAUCUCCGGAAGGUGUCGGCAGGCAGAGAUGAUUGCCAAACGGUUGAACGGUGAGGGGAGCGUUUGCUGCCAAGACAAAUUGGAGGAAUGUUUGGAUGUACAGAGAGAAGUGGAGUUUGAGUGGAUACGACAGUUUUGGAGUCUUGGACGGUUGAAUGCGGAGAGACACGCAGGGUUUUGGUUGAGGGAGAUAGAACGGAUAGAACAGACGUGGGAGAGAGUAGAAAGCGCGGUAAAGACUCUGUAUGACAAUCUUUUGGAGAGAGGAGACACAAAGUCAUAUGAAGACAAGCAAUCUCAAUCGAGGAGCGUGGCCGGCACAAUGUGUUGUGCCAAAAUUAUUUUACAGCAUCUUGAGAGGAGAGCAGACGAACGACAGCAAUGGACGAAACGAUACAAUAGCUCUGUACUUCGAUAUCUUGCCGAUAACGACCAACCAAUCAAGAGACCUUCCUUUCCGUGUCGACAUCCUCAUUUUUCGUACGACCAGACAGAAGCUAUGGACGCAUUGAAAUCAAUCUUGAACAAGCCGUGAUGGCUACGAGGUAUUCGCGUGUUCGAUUUUGAUAAAAUAUUUUUUACUAGAAAUGAUAGCAUUGACUCACGUUUGAUAGCUAAAGUAAAUGUAGUAGGAUUUGCUGUACACAAAACUCAUGUUUAAUAUCAAAAAGCCACUGGCCGACAGACACAA